UGACAGGAGUAAUUCGUCUACGAGCCUCUAAACAUUUCUCCUUUCUUGUCUCCGAGCUGAGCCUAAGACGUGCAUUGUUUCCGACACCAGGGCUCCUGAGCUGCCCCGUAACUACCGGUGUGGCAUGAGACAGGAGACGGGAACAAUUUGUAUAUAUUUUUAACCUUUUACUCGGAGGAAGAAGCGGAAGUUGGUGGGAAGGAAAGCGCUCGAGCUCCGCCUCUCCAGAGGGUGAGGAGCCCCAGUAAGGAUGGAGCAACUCUGCGGACCAAAGCUCCCCUUCUGGGUAGCCAAUGAUACGCUCCACACAGAUCGACCCGACCUCACUGAGUGUUUCCAGCUGUCUGUCCUGACAUGGCUGCCCUGCAUCUACCUUUGGGUGGCGUCACCUCUCUACCUCUUCUAUCUCAAGAAGAACAACAAAGGCUACAUCAUGAUGUCCAUCAUGAACCGCUUCAAAACGGUCUUUGGUUUCCUGUUGUGGAUCAUCUGUUGGACAGAUCUCUUCUACACAUUCCAUGAAAUCCAUCAGGGUGAGAGCCAGCCUCCCAUCUACUUCAUCAGCCCGCUGGUCCUGGGCAUGACCAUGCUCCUGGCCACCUUCCUGAUCCAGUUUGAGCGACUGCGUGGAGUCCAGUCCUCAGGAGUCCUCUUCAUCUUCUGGUUCCUGUCAGUGCUGUGUGCCAUCGUGCCUUUCCGCUCUAAGAUCCUGCAGGCCUCCAGCCAGAGCGUAGUGACAGACAAACUCCGCUUCACCACCUUUUACUUCUACUUCGGCCUGGUGGUGUGUGAGCUCAUCCUCUGCUGCUUCAAUGAGAAGCCUCCUCUCUUCUCCAGCGUGGUCACAGACCCAAAUCCCUGCCCUGAAACCACGGCCGGUUUCCUCUCCACCAUCACAUUCUGGUGGUUCACCAGCAUGGCCAUCAAAGGCUACAAGGUUCCUCUGGAGGCCAAAGACCUGUGGUCCUUGAACCAACGUGACAGCUCCAGUACGAUGGUCCCCAAACUCCUCAGAGAGUGGGAGAAGGAGCAGACCAAGGCCCGGAGUGAGGAGAAUGUGUCGACUGUGGCGGCCUACAACAAGCCCCCGCCCUCCACCACCAACCAUGUGGCAGGAGGUGGCGGGGCCGACAGCAGCCCAGAUGAAGUGGAAGUGCUGUUGUCCAAUCAGAAAAAGUCUCCUCAUCAGCCCUCCUUCCUACGCGCCCUCAUCAAAGCCUUUGGACCCUACUUUCUGAUUGGCUCCGCCUUCAAGUUCCUGCAGGACAUCAUCGCCUUCAUCAACCCUCAGCUGCUCAGAAUGUUGAUCUCCUUCACCAAACAGAAGGACGUUCCUGAUUGGUGGGGCUACUCUCUGGCCUUCCUCAUGUUCUUCACUGCCUUAUUGCAGACCCUCAUCCUCCACCGUCACUUCCAGUACUGCUUCGUCACCGGCAUGAAUGUCCGAACUGCCAUCAUUGGCGCCAUCUACAGAAAGGCUCUGGUGAUCACCAACUCUGCCAAACGGUCCAGCACUGUGGGUGAGGUGGUCAACCUGAUGUCAGUGGACGCUCAGAGGUUCAUGGAUCUCACCACCUUCCUCAACAUGCUGUGGUCCGCUCCUCUGCAGAUCAUGCUGGCACUUUAUUUCCUGUGGCAGAACCUUGGUCCGUCCGUUCUGGCUGGCGUCGCCGUCAUGAUCCUGCUGAUUCCUUUUAACGCUUUCAUUGCCACGAAGACCAGAUCCUACCAGGUGGAGCAGAUGCAGUACAAAGACACCCGGAUCAAGCUGAUGAACGAGAUCCUGAACGGCAUCAAGGUCCUGAAGCUCUACGCCUGGGAGAACUCCUUCAAAGACAAGGUCAUGGCCAUCAGACAGAAGGAGCUUGUCACUCUGAGGAAGAUGGCCUACCUGGGAGCGCUGUCCACCAUGGCCUGGACCAGCGCACCAUUCCUAGUUGCCUUGACAACAUUUGCUGUGUAUGUGGCUGUGGACAAGAACAACGUCCUGGACGCAGAGAAGGCCUUCGUGUCCCUGUCACUCUUCAACAUCCUCAGAUUUCCUCUCAACAUGCUUCCCCAGGUUAUCAGCGGCAUGGUGCAGGCCAGCGUGUCACUGAAGCGUAUCCAGGGUUUCCUGAGCCACGACGAGCUGGACCCAAACUCAGUGGACAGAAAAAACACAGCCGCAGAUUAUUCUGUGACAGUUGGCAAUGGGAAGUUCACCUGGGCCAAGGAAGACGCUCCUGUUCUGCACAAUAUUAACCUGAUGGUGCCCCAGGGCUCCCUGUUGGCUGUGGUGGGCCAUGUGGGCAGUGGGAAGUCGUCCCUGAUCUCAGCUCUGCUCGGAGAAAUGGAGAAGUUGGAGGGAGAGGUUUCUAUUCGGGGGUCGGUGGCAUACGUACCUCAGCAGGCCUGGAUACAGAACGCCACGCUACGGGACAACAUCCUGUUUGGAAAAGCCUACAAUGAGCAGAAGUACGCCUGUGUUCUGGAAGCCUGCGCUCUGACCCCUGACCUGGAGGUCCUGGCCGGAGGAGACCUGACGGAGAUAGGAGAGAAGGGCAUCAACCUGUCUGGUGGACAAAGACAAAGAGUAAGUCUGGCACGGGCUCUGUACAGUGACACUGACGUCUACCUGCUGGACGACCCACUGUCUGCUGUGGACACCCAUGUGGCCAAACACAUCUUUGACAACCUGAUCGGGCCAGAGGGGGCGCUGAAGGGAAAGACCCGUAUCCUGGUGACCCACGGCGUCACCUUUCUGCCCCAGGUGGACAACAUCCUGGUGAUGGUGGAGGGUCGAGUGUCGGAGAUGGGCUCCUACCAGGAGCUGCUCAAACAGAAUGGAGCCUUUGCCGAGUUCCUCAGGAACUACGCCCUGGAGGACUUCACAGGAGAAGAGGAGGCGCUGGAGGAGAUAUUAGAAGAUGAGGAGCUGUUUCCUGAAGAUGCUCUGAGCAACCACACAGACAUAGUGGACAAUGAACCAGGGAUCAACGAAGCCAAGAGGAAUUUCAUCAGGCAGAUCAGCAUCAUCUCAGCAGACGGAGAAAAUCCCAGGACUCGGUCGGUGAGGAGACACAACUGCAGCCCGAGGAAACACGUAGAGCCACAGGAGAAGAAGAAACCAGCAGAGAUGGACAAACUGAUCCAGGCAGAGACGACCGAGACGGGCCGGGUGAAAAUGAAGGUGUAUCUGGAGUACGCUAAGGCCGUGGGUCCUCUGCUGUCGGUCUUCAUCUUUUUCCUGUACAGCUGUCAAAGCACUGCUUCCAUUGGAGCAAACAUCUGGCUCAGCCAGUGGACCAACGAUGCCUCCACCAAUCAGACCGAAGAAAACCUCAAGAUGAGGGUGGGGGUCUACGCCGCGUUGGGCAUCACACAAGGUGUCCUGGUCAUGAUCUCCUCCUUCACUCUAGCCAUGGGGAACAUCGGUGCAGCCAGGAAGCUGCACACUAACCUGCUGACCAACAACCUGCACUCGCCCCAGUCCUUCUUUGACACCACGCCCGUGGGACGUCUCAUCAACCGCUUCUCCAAGGACAUCUACGUGAUCGACGAGACGCUGCCGUCCACCGUGUUCAUGUUCCUGGGCACCUUCUUCGUCUCUCUGUCCACCAUGAUCGUUAUCGUGUUUAGCACGCCCAUCUUUGCUGUAGUCAUUGUCCCGCUGACUCUCAUUUACAUCUUUGUCCAGAGAUUUUAUGUUGCUACGUCGCGGCAGCUGAAGCGCCUGGAGUCGGUCAGCCGCUCCCCCAUUUACUCCCAUUUCUCUGAGACCAUCACGGGCUGCAGUGUGAUCCGAGCCUACGACAGAACCUCUACCUUUGUUCUGUUGAGUAACAUGAAGGUGGAUGAGAACCAAAAGAGUUACUACCCUGGUAUAGUUUCCAACAGGUGGUUCGGCAUUCGCAUUGAGUUCAUCGGAAACUGCAUCGUGUUGUUUGCGGCUCUGUUCGCUGUGACAGGAAAAGAGAACCUCAACCCAGGUCUGGUGGGCCUGUCGGUGUCCUACGCCCUGCAGGUGACCAUGUCCCUGAACUGGAUGGUGAGAAUGACAUCAGAUCUGGAGUCCAACAUCGUGGCAGUGGAGCGGGUGAAGGAGUACUCUGAGACCAAGACGGAGGCUCCCUGGGAGAUCGAGGACAAGAAACCUCCUCCUGAAUGGCCCUCAGAGGGCGAUGUUCAGUUCCAGAACUACAGUGUUCGAUACCGAGAAGGACUGGACCUGGUCUUGAAGAACCUGACAUUGAGCGUCAAGGGAGGGGAGAAGAUUGGCAUUGUGGGUCGCACUGGAGCAGGAAAGUCCUCCAUGACCCUCUGUCUCUUCAGGCUGUUGGAGGCUGCAGGAGGAGACAUCACCAUCGACGGCGUGAAGAUAUCUGAGAUAGGUCUGCACGACCUGAGGUCCAAACUCACCAUCAUUCCACAGGAGCCCGUGCUCUUCUCAGGAACCCUGAGGAUGAACCUGGAUCCCUUUGAGAAGUGCUCUGAUGAGGAGGUCUGGAAGGCUCUGGAACAUUCUCACCUCCACAAGUUUGUCAGCAACCAGCCGUCCAAGCUGCAGACGGAGUGUGCAGAGGGUGGAGAGAACCUCAGUGUGGGUCAGAGGCAGCUGGUGUGUUUGGCUCGAGCUCUGCUCAGGAAGACCAGGAUCUUGGUCCUGGAUGAAGCUACGGCCGCCAUCGACCUGGAGACAGACGAUCUGAUCCAGUCCACCAUCAGGACCCAGUUUGAGGACUGCACCGUCUUCACCAUCGCACACAGGCUCAACACCAUCAUGGACUACACAAGGGUUCUGGUGUUGGACAAAGGUCAGGUGGCAGAGUUCGACACCCCCACACACCUCAUAUCUCAGAGAGGAAUCUUCUACGCCAUGGCUAAAGACGCAGGACUGGUUCAGUAGGUCCGACACCAUGGGCCAACACGGUCCAGUCCCUGAGGAGCAGCGGGGUCCACAUCAGGCUGGUGUCAAACCACACUUGAUCUCCUUUCACAGACCUGGGUCAGGUGGGAUUUGUAAGACCAAAACAUAAUCAGGACUUCUGCUUCCAGCACUGAAAAUCCUUCUGUUCUGAGAGGAAAAAAACUGACAGGAAAAUAUUCCCAACAAGCCAUAAGUACAAAUCCUAGCUGAUCCAGGAUCUGCUCUUUAGUGCCUUCCAGCAGCGGACCAGCAGUGAAUGUAAAUCUGUCCAAACAGUUCUCCGCUGCAAAAAUCGCACGAAAACAAGAUCGUUGCUGUGCCACUGUUCUGCCCUCAUGGUAAAACAAACAUCAAAUAUGCUGUGUUUUUGUGACAGACACACUUAUUUUUGUACUGUACCUUUUAUUUAAAGCCACUUUUUAAAAAUAUUUUUCUUUUCUAGGGAAGUUUGUUGACUUUGUGAUUGUCUUUGAACCAAAUUUGUACAAAGAAAAAACUUGAAAUCUGUACCAACAAAUAUAAAUAUAUGAAAAUAUGACGAUGCUUUUAUUAAAAAAACAUGGAAAACA